AGACAAAUAAUCUAUAGACGGCUAGCAAUCUGGCUAACGUUUGUCGAGUGAGGCCGGGUGCUGAUUACGGCGUGUCUUUGUUAGCUAACCUGAAGUGGCUAGCCAGAUUGCAUUUUAAUUUUCACACAAUUAUUAAAAGUAGUUAAGCUAAAGCUAGCUAACUUGUUGUUGGACCCUCGUUGAUAACUAGAUAAAGCAUUAGCGAGCUACGCUAGCCCAUAUGAAGUUAACUUGAUAGCACUAGCGAGCUGACGUUACUUAACUACUUUGGUUGCUAUGUAGUUAGCUAAGCUAAAUCGUAGCCAGUGAUCUGCCUGGUUAACUAUCAAGUGUUAUUGCCAGUUGAGAUGGGCGAUUACAAAACGGUUGCCUGGCUCUUGACAGAGGGCCAAGAGAACGGUGGACUGACUGCCAGGGGCCAGCGAUUUUUAGGCCAUCAAUCACCCCCACAGAGCUGAUAAAAUGGAGUGUGCAGUUGACACACAGCCAGGCGGGGACGAGGCUGCAGAGCAAGAACACACUCUGGAGGAAACAUCUGCAAAGGAAGGAAGUGAGACGCCGCAGAAGAAGAACAAGAAGCACAAAAAACACAAGAGCAAGAAGAAGAAGAAGAAACGUGGCAAGGGAGAGCGAGAGACGAGCUCAGAGUCGGCCCCAGAGUCCGACGUAGAAAAGCCGCCAAUCAGAACCAGAGCAGGUUUGAGGAGUGCUGGCCCAGUGGCCUCCGAUACAGGAGUAGACACGAAAGAGGAGGCAACAAAGGACUUGAUCACAGCUAUACCUGAGGUAGAAGGUGACGCUAAAGCCAGAAAACACAAAAGGCAUGCUGGGAAAAAGAAGAGAAAAAGGAGGAGAAAAGGGGAAGAAAAGCAGGAGAAGAACUCUUCUUCACACUCCCUAUCAGAGAGCGAAUCUAUGUCAGGAACAGAUUCUGAGUCUGAGGGGAAGCCAGCUGGCAUGGUAGUGCAGGCUGUUCCCAUGCAGUCUAAGGCCAGGCAAGAGGAGCGAGUUCCCUCCCUAUGCAUCACUUUGGCCCAAAAAGAGGAAUCUCUGAAAGUGAUGUGUCAACCCUCAGAUAAUGAGUCUGUGGAUGCAGGAGGAAAGACAGAAGAGAAGGUUUCCCCUGCUAACAGGGAGAACCAAACCAUCUCUGUCACAAAGCUGGAAGAUCCACGGAGCGACGGGAGCUUCAGCCACACCCAGGAGCUUCCUGACAUCAUCCCCAAGCAGGAUGGCCAGAAGGAGGAAACCAACCCAGAGCAGAGGUCAAAGGUGAAGAACCAGGCUCCCUCCAGGUCAAGGUCAGGGUCGCUGACAGACACUAAGAUGGCUAGAUCGAGUCUUAGUCGUUCGCCAAGCCCUAAGCGGUCCAGAUCAAGUCGCAGUCGUUCACGAAGCCCCGCGGGAUUGUCUAGUCAGCCUGUGUCUGUCAGGGGCAGGUCUCGAUCUGGCUCAAAAAGCAUGACUCCCAAGAGGAAGCAGUCCAUGUCCCCCAAAAGGACAAGACGCAAGUCCCCAUCUCUGUCCCCCAGGACAAGACGCAAGUCCCCAUCUCUGUCCCCCAGGAGAGGACGCAAGUCCCCAUCUCUGUCCCCUAGGAGAGGACGCAAGUCCCCAUCUCUGUCCCCUAGGAGAGGACGCAAGUCCCCAUCUCUGUCCCCCAGGAGAGGACGCAAGUCCCCAUCUCUGUCCCCCAGGAGAGGACGCAUGUCUCCCAAGAGGGGACGCAAGUCCCCUUCUCUGUCCCCCAAGAGACGACGUAUGUCUCCUCUGUCCCCCAGGAGAGGACGCAAGUCAUCUCCUCUGUCACCCUGGAGAGGACGCAAGUCUCCUUCUCUGUCCCCUAGACGGGGGCGCAAGUUGUCUCCUCUGUCCCCUAGACGGGGGCGCAAGUUGUCUCCUCUGUCCCCUAGACGGGGGCGCAAGUUGUCUCCUCUGUCCCCUAGACGAGGGCGCAAGUUGUCUCCUCUGUCUCCUAGACGAGGGCGCAAGUUGUCUCCUCUGUCCCCUAGACGAGGGCGCAAGUUGUCUCCUCUGUCCCCUAGACGAGGGCGCAAGAUGUCUCCUCUGUCCCCUAGACGAGGGCGCAAGAUGUCUCCUCUGUCCCCUAGACGAGGGCGCAAGUUGUCUCCUCUGUCCCCUAGACGAGGGCGCAAGUUGUCCCCUUCUCUGUCCCCUAGGAGAGGGCGCAAGUUGUCCCCUUCUCUGUCCCCUAGGAGAGGGCGCAAGUUGUCCCCUUCUCUGUCCCCUAGGAGAGGGCGCAAGUCCUCUCCUUUGUCCCCUAGAAGAGGACGCAAGUCUCUGUCUAAAUCCCCUAGGAGAGGACGCAAACUGUCUCCAUCUCCCAGACGAGGGCGGCGGUCUGAGUCCAGGUCACAUGGCUGUGUCAGAAGGUCGAGGACCAGAACCCCCCCCCCUCGUCGAGGUAGACGUCUGUGGUCCCGCUCGCCUGUGAGGCAGACUCGCCGUUCACGCUCCAGAUCUAGACGGCUCCAUCGCUCCCGGUCAAUGAGGAGAGGACGGCAUUCCCAGAGCAGCUCCCCGUCUCGCAGAAAGAGGUCCCCCCCAAGGACACGACGGUCCCGGUCUCCGGUCAGGAGAGGUAGGCGGACUCGUUCCCGCUCCGUCGUGAUCCUGAAGAGGAACAGGAAAGGUUCACGGUCCAAAUCCCCACGGGGCAAGGACAACAAGUCCCGCUCCCGGAGCCGCAGGAUAUCCAGGUCACCAGUUAAGAAAAUAUGUUCUAGAUCACCGAAGCGGAGCAGGACAAAGUCCAGAUCCCCAGGACGCAGUAAACCAUCAACAUCACGAUCACUAUCGCCACGUAACCAGUCCAAGUCUCAUACUCCUAAAUCCAAAUCCCAGAAAAUAAACAAGCGUUCAAUGUCAAAAUCACCCACCAGCGACAAAUCCAAGUCUGUCUCAAGCGACAGGCAAUCUGAGAGCGUAUCCCCAGAACGCUCAAGAUCCAGGUCUACUGCCAAGGACCUAAAGUCUCCAAAAAUGGCUGAGAAGCAUACUGCAGACACGACUGUGAAUAAUGAAGCGUCUACUAAGCCUGUUGGGGAAGCUGUAGCUGCAGCAGAGCCCUGGAAGCCCCUCGCUUUGGCUGCUGCCUCCAGAUCUACCACACAGGGCAAGCCAAUGGCUGGGCAUGCUGAAGAGAGCACCUCUGAGAUUCCAUCUGAAGACCAUGACUCUGCAGAAGAAGAGCCAAAGGUGGCAAGAAGCCCAACAAGCUCCUCUGACGAAGAACCGGAUGAGCAUGCUACGUCCAGGUCUGUUUCACCAGAGACUGUUCCUGCUGAUCGCCGCUCCAGGUCCUCACCUUCUAAAUCUCCCAUUAAGAAGACAUUUUCAAAACAACGGCAGUCCUCAACUUCAGCGUCUCCUAGUAGGAAGUCCCGAUCACCUGCUGGUAGGAAGAUGUCCACCUCUCCCUCAUGGAGGUGCUCCCGGUCCAAGUCCAUCUCUCCCUCUCAGUCCAAGUCUGCCUCCAGAAGGAGACGUUCCAAGUCCCCAGCCAGGAAAAGGAAGUCUGUCUCUCCGCCUACCAGACGGAAGAAGAGGUCUAAGUCCAGAAGUCCGGCCCGGCGCAGGAGAUCACGGUCUAAGUCACCGGUACGGCGCAGGAAGUCACGUUCCAAGUCCAGAGUCAGGACCAAGCGCUCUAAAUCCCGCUCCCCAGCCAGAAGGAAGAGGUCCAAGUCUGCAGACAGGAGCAAACGCUCCAAGUCUCGUUCUCCAGGCCGGAGGAGAAGGUCCCGCUCCGGGUCGCGGCGGCGUCGGCCCGUCAUGCGGAAUCGCUCGUUUGACCGACGCGACCGAUGGAAACGGGAACCAAGCCACUCGCCAAUCCUCAUCCUCCGCAAGCGCCGUUCCACAUCUCGAGGCCGCCGCAGUGCCAGCAAGACCCCUCCUCGUCUCACUGAGCUGGACAAAGACCAGCUCCUGGAGAUAGCGAAGGCCAAUGCAGCAGCCAUGUGUGCUAAAGCAGGUGUGCCCAUCCCAGAGAGUCUGAGACCCAAGGCCAUCCUCCAGCUGCCCCUGCCCAACCCAGCCCCAACUCCCCUGAAUCUGCCUCUUCCCCUGCCGUUGCCUCUCAACAUGCCCGGCAUGGGCAUGCCCAAUAUGCCCAACAUGAACAUGCACAUGCCCAACAUGCACAUGCCCAACAUGCACAUGCCCAACAUGCACAUGCCCAACAUGCACAUGCCCAACAUGCCCAACAUGAACAUGCCCAACAUGAACAUGCCCAACAUGAACAUGCCCAACAUGAAUAUGAGUAUGCCCAAUAUGAAUAUGCCUAAUAUGGGCAAUAUGUCCAAUAUGGCCAUGAGUGCUGCCAUGGCCAGUAUGACCGCUGCCACCAUGACUGCAGCCCUCACCAACAUGGCCCAGAUGUCAAACAUGCCCCAGAUGGCCCCCCUCCCCACUAUCACCAACAAGCCCCAGAUGGCCCCCCUCCCCACCAUCACCAACAAGCCCCCUCCUAGCCAGGUUCCCCAAACAACCCUUCCCCCCCUUAACCUGGACCACAUAGAGGAGGUGAAGAGGAAGGUGACUCAGCAGGCCAACAUAUACAGCAUCAAGGAGCUCACUGAGAAAUGUAAGAUGAUAGCGGCGAGUAAAGAGGAGAUGGCCAUAGCGAAGCCACACGUGUCUGAUGACGAAGAUGAGGACAGGAAGCCACGCGGCAAGAGCUUCCUCAGUUAACUUUUAUUUGGGGCGGAUCACAUGAGGCGAAAGGCUCCCCAUGGAAACAUCACCGGGCGGACAGAAGUGCGGGUUGUGGUUACAGAGAAGGAACAGUGUCCGAUACUGCCAGCCCCUUUUCCCUGGACAAUCAUUCCCUCCCCCAGCACCUCCCAUCAUGCUCUAGUUGUCUGGGUUUCCACAUGCUUCCAAAGCCACGGUUGGAUUCCAAAGCUACAAAGUAAAAAUUGGCUACAAAAAUUAGCUUUUUGGUCUUCAUUUAGGAUUAGGCAUAAAGUUAGGAGUAUGUUUCAAAUCAAAUUUGAAGAAGAAAUUGUACAAAUGCGUGGGGUUUAGCCAUAAUUAUGACUUCGUGGCUAUGGAAGCUAGUGACGACCCAUUGGACAGAUUGGAGUGUACAGUGUGGUUACUCCUAGCUUCUACACAUUGGUCAGACAGCUGUCUGGACAAUGACUGAAGAUAAAUGAAAGAAGGAACACACUUUCAAAUUUUGUCGACUCUUUCUAAUGUUAAACUUUUUGUGUUUAGUUUUUGUGUUCAGUGAUUAAAUUACCAGCUCACGGUUCCUUUAGUGACAUUUUAACCUGUGAGUGAACUGCUAGGACUGCCCUCGGUGCGCGCACCCACAGAUGUCAGUAAUAUGAUGGUCAGUUGUUUCUGUAGUGAUGGGCAGACUGACCAGGUGUCUCCAUUGAGAAGACAAACUGAUCAGGGCUUUGGAGGAUCCACUCUUAAUGUUUUGUCACUUCUAGUAUUUCUCUAUGGUGUUUUUCUGUUAAAUACCUGAUGUAAUCUUUAGCUAUUUUAAUGACUUAAAAUACAUUUUAGGAUUUCCUUGGUCAGUAGGGUAUUAUUUGGCUGGCUUUGUACAUAAUGUAUUGAUGAUUAUUAAAGGAAACCAGAAAAUUA